CCCGGGCCCGCAAGAUGGCGGCGGGAGGCCCGUCCGCGGCCGCCUUCCUGGCCAAGGAGCAGGAGUACAAGCGCCUGAACGCCCAGCUGGAGGCCCGGACCGCGGAGCUGGUGCGGCAGGCCGAGGAGGGCCUGGUGAGUGACCUGUCCUGCAAUUGUCUCUCUCUCUCUCUCUCUCCCCCUCUCCCCAGAGACCUGCCUUCUGAGCUACCGGGUGCUCUUCCGCACGUCCACAGCAAGCCAGCAAACAAGAAGAAAUCCGGGCCGGGAGCUGCAGCUCGGCCAAGGGCCCAGUCUGGCCCGAAGGGAAGCCGGACCCUUUCCAGUGCCAGGCGGAGGCCGGACGCAGGCCCAAGCGCCGCCGACGUGGCCGUGCCCGACUUCUCUCUAGCGAAGACCAUUGGCAAGAUCGAAGGGCAGCUGGAAGAAGGGAGCUGGCCAGAACUCGAAGAGGACGCCCUCCUCGGUGCAGGAAGUGAGAUCGGAGCAGAGGCCCAGAUCCGAUUCCUGAAGGCAAAGCUGCGUGUCAUGCAAGAGGAGCUGGACAGCCUCGGCCGGGAGUGCAGGCAGAAGGAUGAGGAGAGCCGGGAUUUCAGCCGCCAGCUGAAGGAGGCGGAAGAGGCUCAGGGGAGGCUGCAGCGAGCGGCCGGUGCCCAGCAGGCUCAGCUGGAGAAGUACAAGCUCCUGGCGGAGGAGGCCAGCCGGAGGGCGGAAGGGCUGCAACAGCGGCUCUCAGGCCUGGAGAAGGAGCUGGAGACGCUCAGGCGGGCCCAGAAGCAGGCCUCGGCCGGCCAGAGCACCAUGGAAGUGCGCCUGAACCGAGCCCUGGAGGAAGCGGAGCGGGCCAAACGGGAGACCACACAGGUGAAACAGAGCAACAAGGAUCUAGUCAACCAGCAGCACAAAAAGCUUGAAGAACUGACAGUGGACAAGAAGAAACUAGAGAAGCAGAAAGGAGACCUGAUGUCAGCUUUCACGAAACAGCUGAAAUUAAUCGACGUUUUAAAGAGGCAAAAGAUGCACAUCGAAGCUGCAAAGAUGCUCUCGUUCACUGAAGAGGAGUUCAUGAAAGCCCUCGAAUGGGGAAAUUCCUGACUCCAAAAGCACAG